GACAGUGAAGCAUUGCUGUCCCUGUCUCGUUCUGAGGGGGGUCCUAUCUCCCUGUCUCUGGGAAUGAAGACCAAGCGAAGCCCCCCUUCCCGCUGGCUCCUGGUACACUACCACGGAGGAGGCUUUGUGGCCCAGACCUCCAAAUCUCACGAGGUAAGAACACCACCUUCUCUCUCUCUCUCUCUCAGGAGGAAUUGACCUUCAUGGGUUCGGAAUUAUUGUGUUUUCUCUCCAUGGCUUCUCUGUAAAGAGCCAUUCCUACUAAUGACUGUUUAAUUAAUCCAACAGGGUUGAUGGACACAUUUAUUUAUAUCACUCUAUUAUCCAGUGAUUGGUUGCAGGCCAGCCCCCCUCUUCCUAUUCUGUCAGUCUCUCUUCUCCCUCCUCAUUCCAUCUCCUCUCUCUCUCCCCCUCUCCCCCUGUCCUCUUGAAGUGGUCAGCUCAGAGCUCAGCCUCAGACAGAUGAGACCGGCGUCUGUAUUAUAUAACCAGCAGGCUACUUUAAACCACUGAGACACGUCACCAUGAAACCAGAGUGGACUGGCAGUCCCUUCAUCUCCAAUAGCCUAGCAACCAGAGGCUGUAGGAAGUGAUCUGAGGAGGAACAAGGCUGUCAUGUUGAAUUAGCUGAGAACUCUACAUGAAGUUAUUAUGGCUUUAUAUUCCAUAGGCCCUAAUGGAAGAUGUGUGUCUGUGUGUGAUCUCCCUGCUCUAGGCUCUCUUCUCUCUCCUCUAACCCUGUCCUUUACGCUUUCCUCCUUUCUGAUCAUUAUUCCCUUUGUUCUCUACUCUCCUUUGUCCUAAUGACCUCGUCUCUCAUUUUUGUAAUCCACCUCUGCUCUUUGCUUUCCUUUCCCCACAACGUUCCUUUCUCUCUCCUUCCUCCUUCACUUUACCCACUCUUUCCCCUGGCCAGUGGGGAGAUGGAUGGAGUCUGAGGGCAGGAGCCUGUGGUGUCCCUCCUCUCUUCUCUCCAUUCUUCACUUUUCUCUCUCUCCUGCCACCUUCACUCCCCCUCCUUCCUCCUCUCCUCCUGAAGUGUUCAGGGAGAUGGAUAGUGUCUAAGGGCAGAAGCUCUCCUGCACGCGUUCUCUCUCAAUCUCUGAGGGAGCUGUUUGUGUGAGGGAAGAAGCCUGUGGUGUCCCUCCUCUCAGCACCCCAUUGAUCCAGACCCCCAGUAAUGGAUGGGCCACAACUUAAUCACUCAAGUGUGUGUGUGACAGAGGUGCCCAGAAGCAGAUUAACCACAGUGCCUGUCUCUGCAGAGGAGUGGAACCACUACUCCCAGUAACCCCGGCAGUAGGAGAUGAUCUGCAUGGUUAUGGAUAGGUGUGUGUGUCCCUGUGGUGGGCAUAUUUUCCACACACGCCUCUCCUCAGGACAGUUUAGACGCAGCCUGUUGUUCUGUAGGCAUUAAUCUCUCUAUUGGGGCCGCUGGCAAACCUUGUGACUGGCAGACCCGGCCAGCGGCGCUGACGGGUGUCAAAACGCAUCAUGUACUGACAAUGACGAUCAUUUAAAUUGACACGCACACACACGCCACACCACACGUCAGCGGUGCCAGACUGUGAUCCAUUAUGACAGCGUGGCUUUAAGAGUGCAGGGCAGAUUCCCGGGGAUGGUGUUGAGGUGGUGUUUGGCUGUGUGAUGUGGUCACAUCCAGUCAUGGGCCGCUGAGGUGAGGCACUCUGUGUAUUGUUUAGAGAGGCGGAGCUGUCACUACUGACACUGUCAUUGAUGCUUAGAGAGAAGAGGAGGAGCGGCGGUGGAGCGAUCGAAGGACAGGAGAGAAAGUUCUGUAGAGGAGGGUAGACUAAUAUUGUCAGAUUAGAUUUAUUGUCGGAUGUACGCACUCUGACCUCUCACUUACCUAGCUAAGUACUUGAUGACCUUACAAGGUUAUAAUAUAAAAGCAAGUAUUCUAAGGAUGUCUGAUCUGGAAAGUAUGUUUCUAAGAAUCCUAAGCACUUAGCUACCAUGACUUCAAAUUGCAUAGCAACAAGAGGCUAACAACAACACUGUUUUAGUGAGAGCAAAGCAAGGUUGUCAUGUUGCAUUUGUGAGCACAGUGCACAUACCUGGUAUUUUCAUAACAGAAUUACCAAGCUGCCACUGUAGUUAGGCAGUGUACGGUUGGGUUUGUAGUUCACCAAUACAGAACCUGCAAGCUGGGAAUCUGAUACAGGACCUCUCUCCUAUCCUUCCCAACACCACCACCUGUAAAGCUGUCUAGGGGACACUAAGGAGCAUUCAGAACUGCAAACACCACUGCCUGCCCUGCCUAUUUAAUGGUAGGGGGAUGCACCGUCUAUAGUAAACUCACUCCUUUCUCCUCCAUUCUCCCCCUCUCUUUUCUCCAGCCGUAUCUGAAGAGCUGGUCUCAGGACCUGGGUGUGCCCAUCCUGUCUGUGGAUUACUCUCUGGCCCCUGAAGCUCCCUUCCCCAGGGCCCUGGAGGACUGCUUCUAUGCCUAUUGCUGGGCCAUCAAGAACCACCACCUGCUGGGUAGGACAACACACUACUACCACUUUAUCUAACCCUAACCCUACUGCUGGGCCAUCAAGAACCACCGCCUGCUGGGUAGGACAACACACUACUACCACUUUAUCAUAGAAUAUAAUUAUCUUUAAUGUCCCUGAGGGGAAAAAAAUAGACAGACCUGCUUUUUCAGAUGGGAUUUAUUCCCAAUGAUCUCAAUAUUUACUAUGGGUACUUCCUGGUACUUAAUUGAUUGUUAUUAUGACAGAAAGCUAAAGACUGGUUAGCUUGGAACUCACUCAACUGAAGGCCAUAGUCUCAACUUAUGUCUCAAAUAUAAAACACUUUCAUAUCAACAACCAGCCCCUCAUUGCCCCAUAUAGACACGGGUACAGAGAGUGGGAGAUCACAUGCAGAUCACUUGAAAGUGUUAUACGGACUCUCACUUAGUCAGCUUUUCUCUUUCUCUCUCACUUUGUCCCCUUCUCUCACUCGCCUCAAUCUACUGACUCUGUGACCCCCCUCCUCUCUCUCUCUCAGGUUGGACAGGGGAGAAUGUGUGUCUGGCCGGUGACAGUGCUGGUGGUAACCUGUGUAUUACAACAUCGAUGCGCGCUGCGUCUCACGGUGUGCGGAUGCCUGAUGGCAUCGUAGCUGCCUACCCUGCCAUCCUGCUCACCGCCUACGCCUCGCCCUCCCGCCUGCUCACCCUCUUCGACCCCCUGCUGCCCCUCAGUGUGCUGUCCAGGUGCCUCAGCGCCUACGCAGGUAAGACUGUGUGUGAGAGGGAGCAGAGAUGGUUUGCUGCCCCUCAGCAUAGUGUGUGUUCUUGUUUGUGCAUGGCAUUCAAUGCUGGUGAGGGACGGGAAACUCAUUUCCUCCCUACCUCCCUUCCCAUCCUCUCUCCCCUAGGUGAGGAGCCCCAGGCUGAGAAGCAGGUGGAGAAGGUGAGUACUCUGAGCAUGGUGAGGAGAGACACGGCCCUGCUGCUCAGAGACUUCAAACAGGGAGCUUCCAACUGGAUCCACUCCAUACUGGACCCCAACAGAGCUGUUGCCAUGGCAUCAACAGGUAGGUACACCAGUGUGUGUGUCUGGGGUGUUUGUCUUGUGGUGAGAGGGUGUGUGUGUCUCUGUAUGUACUUGUGUUCACGCAUCUUGGAGUGUGAGGUGAAAUAAUAUUUCCCUAUUACCGGAAGGGCUAUGUGUGUACAUACAGUAUGGACAUUUUAUUGAAAUUGAUAUCCACAGUUAACGUCUAAUUAACCAGUCAAUCACCCAUGGCCACCAUCCUGUUACGUCACACCCUCACCCAUCCAUAUCAAUUGACUGGUUAGGCUCUGACCACUAAUUGUGUUGAAACCCUGCUGUAAGCAGACUAUUCCAGGCGUCACCAUGUUACCUGACACCCAGCAGCUGUGGGCCAGAUUAAUGACUGUGUCAUUGGGGGGUGUACAUUAUUAAAGGCUAUGAUGAGGGGAGUUCAUUAUUAAUAAAAGAGCUCAGUGAGUACAGCUUUGAGAUCAGACAAGCCAUGACACCGCUUACAGCUGUGUUUUGAUGGGGAGAUCGUAUCGUAAUGACACCAUUAUUGCUUAAAGCUAGAAUCUGCAGUUGAAACGAUAACAAAGAGGAUACCCCGCCUCUGUUUUGGUAAAAAGCUGAGGGAUGGGCCUAGAUCAAUGUAACCACUCAAGUUCAUACUGUAGACGGCUAUGGAUGCCAGGACUGACCAUCCAUGUGAUCAAAAUGGUUGUUUUAACCGUGGUUUUUAAAGCUAUACAGUGUUAGUUUACAUUUAUAUUGUUUACAAACAUUGGGGUAAAAUAAGAUUAUAUUUGAGGUUCUGAUGGGAUAUGACAGUUGAACUAAGCUCAUGUGGCAUUCUUAAGUUAUAUUCUUCAACAAUCAAUGUGUGUAUAUGAUUAAUUUAUAAGUCCAAAAAUGAGUGUUGUAACUAACGAUUUUAGCUUUAAAUAUCCAUCUCCUGAUAACCACACGUCCCUCACUCCCGCCUCUUAUCACCGUCUUCAUUGAUGUUUCCCUGUUCCAUAAUGGCCUCAGUCUGAUCACUCUCACUCUCACUCUGCCUCUGUCUUAUUUUGGUUUGUUGAUGACUCUUUCUCUUCUCUCUCUUCUUCAGACACAUCUUCGUCAGUGAGGAAGAGUGUGUCUGAGGCGUCCAUCAGCUCGCCCCACUCGGACCCCCCUGAGCAGCCCUCUGACUUCUCCCUGAGGAGAGAGUCUCUGAAGAGCCACACAUGCCAGGACCUGGCAGCCCACGCCAACAACACCCCCGCUGCUGCCCCCACCACUCCUGCCCACAAUGCAAUGGUGUUCCCCGAGCGCACGGUACGAUAAUCCCUGAGUAGCCCUUAACAACAGAUCUAGGAUCAGAUUACCCUCCCCAAAUCCUAACCAUAACCAUUUGGGGGGGGGGGGCAGGGUGUUAAACUGACUUCAGAUCAGUGUAGCAGCUUCAUGCUUACUGCUUUUACAACCACUUCACACACUUGUCACUGAUUUGUAGGUGUUUGUCUAAACUAAGCCUCUCUCUGAAUAACUUAUGCAAAUAGAUGGUGACCAAGCUGCUUGUCUUGUUUCCUCCUCCACAGAUUUAACUGGCGGAGGGAGGGAGGGAUGGAUGCAGAUCUCUGAGUGUAACCUCUAGUGUUUCAGUAUAGGGAUAAUCCCUGUGUUUUUCUAUAAAGCCAGUCUGUAUUAAUGCCUCUGUCUACAGGGAGAAUAUGAAGAACUGUCAUUUGAUGUCAGAGUGAAACAUGUCAAUGUUUGUUCCUGUGAUUUGAAAUGGAAAAAAUCUACUUGAGGCUUGUAGAUUCUUAGAACAAGUGUCUGGUCCCAAAGGAAAGACAUAUCAGUAUGAUCCAGUAUCCAAUACAUCAGGUUUCCACAGUCCUGGUCCUAGACUAGUGUUAACUUAUGUAUUGCCAUGGUAAACUAUAAACUAUUUUUCCUGUACCCCUCCAGCCUGACGAAGUGAGCUUCUUCCUCUCCAAAGAGGAGGUGGUGUCCAUGUCGGAUGCUCUGUCCUCUGUUGCCAUACCGCCCCCUGAGGGGGAGGAGGGCGUGGCGCUGGAGCACCCUCGGGAGUUCCCCCUGGGCUUCGAACCGCUGCGCUCUGAGCGGCUGGCUGAGAUGAAGCUGGCCACCUCUCCUGUCGUCAGGAACCCCUACAUGUCUCCUCUACUGGCACCCGACAGCAUGCUGAGAGGACUGCCCCCCAUACACCUAGUGGUGAGAGGGAGGUGGUGGGAGAGAGGGAGGGUAGAGGGACGACUACCUAGUGGUGAGAGGGAGGUGGUGGGAGAGAGGGAGGAAAGAGGGAGGGUAGAGGGAGGACUACCUAGUGGUAAUAGAGAGGGAAAUGGAGUUGAGGACUGGCUUGUCCCAAUCCUAUUCUGGUCUUUUCCACCAAUUUAGAAUUCUUUACAUGAUCUUAUAAGACCCUCUUUGACUCUGUUGUUUAUCUCUCCCUCCCCCUAGGCCUGUGCGUUAGACCCCAUGCUGGAUGACUCUGUAAUGUUUGCCAAGCGCCUGAGGAACGUGGAUCAGCCCGUCACCCUGUGUGUGGUGGACGACCUCCCGCACGGCUUCCUCAGCCUAUCACAGCUCUCCAGGGAGACCAGGGAAGCGGCUAACGUCUGCGUCAACCGAAUCAGGGAUGUCUUUGACCAGAAGGACUCGCCCCAGGAGCCGCGCAUGCACCGCAAGCUGGAAAGGACCAAUCGCGGUGCUUCCUCUGUCACCAUGGGAGACCCAGAGAAGCUCUUUGCAGUACCCAUUCAGGAGGAGGAGCUUCUGGUGGCCCGGGGAGGGGCUAUAGUACCAGAUGGGGAGGGGUUAGUCGGCAUUGCAGCACAGAACAACAUAGACGUCAUGGGAUAA